AUGCCCCCCAAGAAAGCUUCCACUGGCACAGCCAAGAAGACUGGCUCGACUCACGCCUCCUAUCGUGAUAUGAUUAAGGAUGCUAUCCUGAAUCUGAAAGAGCGCAAUGGUAGCAGCCGCCAGUCCAUCAAGAAAUAUGUUCUGGCAAACAACAAGAUUGCUCCUGCAUCCACCAAUGCCUUCGAUAGCCAGUUCAACAAGGCGAUCAAGGCCGGCGUUGAGAAGGGUGAAUUCACCCAGCCUAAGGGUCCCUCUGGACCCGUGAAGCUCGCCAAGAAGGAAGCUGCUGCAAAGCCUGCUGCCAAGAAGACCACCGCCGCUAAGCCUAAGAAGGCUACUACUACCACCACUGGUACUAAGAAGGCCGAGAAAGUCGAAAAAGCCGAAAAGCCUAAGACUACCGCCAAGAAGGCUGGCACUACUACCAAGCGGCCUGUUGGUAGACCCAAGGCGAACACCGCUAAGCCUCGCAAGGCGUCUACUACUGCUCCUGCCGUUGUUGACCAGCCCAAGGUCAUCGGCAAGACGAAGUCCGGUCGUGUGACCAAGACAACGGCCAAACCUGCAGAAAAGGUUACCAAGAAGUCGACCAAGAAGGCCUAA